GCCACAUCGGGCACAGCGCUACCCCGCUCUCCGCCUCCUCCUCCUCUACACAUCGUCUGCCUCCCCGCCCCGCUGCUCGUCGAGCAAAACGUCUCGCCCUCUCCACAAAAUCCCCAAAUCGCCAAGCACAACCCCCUCCCCAAUGGCGCCGCCUCUCCCUCCCACCGCCCCCAAAACCAUCGCCGACUACCUCAUCCGCCCCUCCAAGCGCCUCCGCCCCACCUCUCCCGCUCCCGCCGCCGCUGCGUCGGCCCCCCUCUCCUCCUCCAGCCUCUCGCCGGAGCAGCGCCGCCGCGCCGACACCAACCUCGCGCUCGCCCGGGCGCGCCGCCACCUCCGCCUCGCCGAGUCCAAAGCGUCGGGCGGCACCGCGAAGCUGGAGGAGCUGCUCGUCGAGGAGACGUGGCUGGAGGCGCUUCCCGGGGAGCUGCACAAACCCUACGCGCUCGAGCUCUGCCGCUUCGUCGCCCACGAGAGGUUGCAUAGCCCGGUGCCCGUCUACCCGCCGCCGCAUCUAGUCUUCCACGCGCUUCACGCCACCCCGUUCGACCGUGUUAAGGCCGUCAUCAUCGGGCAGGAUCCAUACCAUGGACCUGGUCAGGCGAUGGGGUUGUCUUUCUCAGUACCAGAGGGGAUCAAAAUUCCUUCUAGCUUAGCAAACAUAUUUAAAGAGCUGCAAAAAGAUCUAGGUUGCACCGUGCCUUCACAUGGAAACUUGGAAAGAUGGGCUGUGCAGGGUGUUCUUAUGCUCAACACUGUAUUAACUGUGAGAGAACAUCAAGCCAAUUCACAUGCCAAGAAAGGAUGGGAGCAAUUUACUGAUGCUGUCAUUAAGACAAUAUCACUGAAGAAAUCUGGAAUAGUCUUUAUUCUCUGGGGAAACUCAGCUCAAGCAAAGACAAGAUUGAUUGAUGAAACAAAACACCACAUUUUGAAAUCCGCUCAUCCAUCAGGGCUGUCUGCAAGCAGAGGUUUCUUUGGAUGCAGGCACUUUUCUAAAACGAAUCAGAUCUUGGAGAGGCUGGGACUAUCUGCCAUUGAUUGGCAACUCUAGACCAUUUGAAGACAUCAUGUGGUCUGUCUGCCUGACAACCACCUCAGCUUUGAAGGUACUUGUUGCAAGGACCAUCGAAUUCGGCCAAAAUUUUGUAGGACCUUAAAUUAUAUAUGGCCGAUCAAAAUGCUAAUGUAAUUACGCAGUUCUUAUAUGGUAUCUAAUGCCGCACCGAAACAUCUAAAUUGUUUCGGUUGUCGUAUGUGCAGCUACUUUGCGUAGCGCUUGGGCGCCAUUUUGGUCGCUUUGUUAGAUCUGAAGAAUUGCUUAACAACCGUCCUGGCCUUUCAAGUUUUUUAAAUACCAUAAAGCCAGAUCGUCCUUCCUCA